AUGUUGAGGAGUGCAUUGGUCUUGCUUAUAGGAGUCUAUGCUUGCUGCUCCGCUGACUACUCGGCUCUCUCCUACACCGACCGUAAAUGUGGAAACGAUUCGGCCAACCUAUGGUUGGACGUGGUAGUCGUUGUCGACAACUCUCAAGGAAUGACCAGCAAUGGGUUGACUGAUAUCGCUUCCAACAUUGGCUCGGUAUUCGCUCAAUCCCGAAUCGGCACCACAAACUACUUGGACCCACGAACCACUCGCGUCGCACUGGUCACCUAUAACUCCGACUCCUACACAAACGCAGACUUGAAUCAAUUCCAGUCAACCGGUGACCUAUUCAACAAUGUUUUUUCGGCUCUCUCGACGCUUAGCUCCACCGAUCAGUCCUACCUUGAAACCGGGUUAUCCACUGCCGAGCAGCUUCUGAAAGCCGGAAAAACUCAAUUCAAUCGAGCACAUUUCAAACGAGUAGUCAUUGUAUAUGCAUCCGCUUACGAGGGAGAAGGGGAACGGGCGCCAAUGCCGGUGGCCGAUCGAUUAAAGGGAGAUGGAGUCAAGAUUAUUACGGUGGCUUACGAUCAACGGGGCGAUGGAGCGUUGUUGGAUCAACUUGCGCAGAUUGCCAGCCCUCGAAUGAAUUUCACUAAUAAUGGAAAUCUUUUGCCACAGGUGAAAGGAGCGUUGUAUGAAGCCAACUGUUUCUGUCCUGACGACUGGGUUCAAUACCGUCAAACCUUUGGCGACGUCACCUCCCAACCAUACGGUACCUGCAUCCAACCAGUCGGCCUCACCGCCGUCUGGCAAGCUGCCAAGUUGGGUUGUGCGAACCGCCGGCAGAACACAUUCCUCGUCAACGAGUACACCCCGCACAAACAUGACUUCGUGUUGAAAUCCGCGUCAGUCACCUCUGGUUUCAGUCAGCCAUGGAAGUACCAUAUCGGCUUGAACUGGCGGAAUGGCAAUUGGACGUGGGACCAACCGACUGGAUGGCCACAGCCGGUGCUCCAACAAUGGUAUAACUGGAUUCAAGGGUACCCGGUGUCAUCGUCUUCCAUGUCGGGUUGUAUGAAUGUUCAGAGUGGAUUUGGAACUGGAUGGAAGAAUAUUGCAUUGUAUACUGAGUCGGCUAAUUAUGUUUGUGAGACAGCGAGUUGUGAUACCGAUAAUUACUGUGCUACUAAUGUUUAA